CACAUGGUGCAGACAACUAUGGCAGCGCCGUUCCCAUACAGUCAGAACGGCGAGGCGGGUGCUGGCGUAAAAGCCGACCCGAGUAAAGAAGGGCCGCCGUUCUCGCCGCCUGGUGCGCCGGGGGCGCCAGCGCCAGGAGCCCCCGGAGCGCCCCCGGCCCCUCAGACCACACCCACCGCUGCCGUCCCGGGCGUACCUGUCACAGUCUCAUCCAGUGGGGCGACGGUAGCGGGGGGAAUGGCAGUACAGGUUCCCGUCGGUCCCCCUGUAGUCGCCAACGGUGUCGAGCAGCAAGCGGUUACUGCGAAUGAAGCAGAAAAUGGUGAAGCAGCAGCUAAUGGUCAACCUGGCACUCCAGCACCCACAAAGGAACAGCCAAAGCGACUCCAUGUCUCAAAUAUUCCAUUCAGAUUUAGAGACCCAGACCUCAGAAAUAUGUUCGGCAAAUUUGGCACAAUCCUUGAUGUGGAAAUCAUCUUUAAUGAGCGAGGAUCAAAGGGCUUUGGUUUCGUGACAUUUGCUUCUGCAUCUGACGCAGACCGUGCCAGAGACUCACUAAAUGGCACAGUCGUAGAAGGUCGCAAGAUAGAGGUGAACAAUGCCACUGCCCGUGUUCAGACCAAGAAGCCAACUGCAGCUGUUCCCAAUGUUAUACUCGCUAGAAAUGGAAUGGUGCCAACUGCCGUGGCGGCGGCCCUCCGAGGUGUUGCGAUCCAGCGUGGCAGGGCCCGGACGUAUCCGGCCACUGCCCUUGCACGUCAUCCCACCCCACUAACAGCUGCCGCCACAGCUCUGCAUGGCUACACACCCGGUGUAUAUUAUGACCCCUUCCUAGCAGCGCAAGCGGCAACUGCAACUCCUCUCCAGGUGAAUCCACAAGCAGCUGCAGCCGCAGCUGCAGCGGUGGGCCAGCCUGCUGCUGCCGUUGGUGCGGUCAACCACCCCGCCGUGGGGGCCUCCGCCGCCCAGCUCCUUAAAACACCAACACUUUCUGUCUCAACGGCCCAACAGGCAGGGUAUGCAGCAGCAGCAAAUGCCUACACAGCUGCCGCGGCACGGGCUUAUGGAGUGGCUGCGGCAGCCGCCCAACCUGCAGCCGUAGCAGCUUACCCUACCAUUGCCGCUGGAUCGAUCUAUUACAGUGCCUAUGCUGACAGGCCCUACCCGGACCCAUACAUCGCGGCUGCAUCCGGAAUUGGACCAGUGGCAGGCUACGGAGCGGUCUACAGAGGCAGCUACAAUCGAUUUGCACCAUACUGAGGACUUCACAUGUGCAUUCAUCAAAUAACAUGACAAUGCUGUUAUCAAUUGCUCAUUAGAGACUAUGUUGGUCUGUGUGACUGUAUAAUUAUAUAUAAAAAAGGACUCUGCUCCCAGCCCUUGACCAUCUCUUGUAGGAAAGUCCCUUAGAGUGUUAUCACAUUGCUUGGCUGGCAGAGUCUGGCUGUCAGUGCGACACACGAGGACCAAGUAUCCCCUGUGGCAGCUCAUUACUGCUUGCUACUUGGGCUCAUCCAAAAUGACAGCUUAUGGUAAAUGAGGCACAGUUACCUGGAUGCCCCCAUGCCAUGGAUCCAUCAGCAGUUGCUUCCAAAGCCUAAGGACUGGUGGCAGAAUGUUGGUGGUUGUGUGCGAGUGUGUUGUUGUGUGCCAGACCGGAACUGUUGUUGUUUGAAAGGUGACUGUAGUUGAGUGGCAUCCAGUUUGCACAACAACAGAUGGCUGGGGCUGGAAGGUGGUGUGUUGCCAACCACACCAACCUGACCAACACAUGGACUCUGUGCUGUUGUUACCAUUUUCCCUCUACCAUUUUGUAUGAAGGGUCUUGUAGUGAAUUUCUGAACAAUUUGGAAACCUCAGUUCCAACCCAUGUAGGCCAUUUCUGAGUCAGUGGAGUACCAUAAUUUGUUAUGUUGAGAGUAGGCAUGGCCCAUUUCAUACAGCAAUUAUGAAAUGAUAUAGUGCAUUUUUAAUGUAUUCAACGAAACAUUUGACAAGUGUGACUCAUAUAACCUAUACUUGUACAGUGUAUGUUUACACUCUUAAGAUAUACUUGAUAACCAGUUAUGAAUCUCGACUUCUGAUAGCCCUAUUGAUAUUAGCUAUAGAAUCUCAUUUCCUUUAUUACUUCCACUAAGAGUUUUUAAUUUUUCAUGUCUCAGAGUGCACUGUUUGCACUUGCUAUUUCUGAACGUAAAGUUAUUUUAUACAAGGUGCAAUGUCAGAACAUCAUUCAUCCUAAAGGCAUUGUAUUAAGAAUGUUUUUGGUGUUAUAUAGAUUUUUGUAUGAUGCAGAACCCCACAUAUAAGGUCACAUGUAGGUCCUAAGUCACAAAGGGUAUGAUUCUGUCAAGACAUU